AUGAUCAAGGCCGCUGCAGCUCUUGCUGCUCUCGCAUACACCGCCUCGGCGGUCAGCGCCGCCACGCCAGGCGGCAGCACCGUCAUCGGCAGCUCAAAGGUGUCUGGCAUGAUGCUCUUCAACGGCGCGCCCGGCAAGGUCGUCAUCCUCGACAAGACCGAGGGCAACGAGGCCCAGAUCGACGGCCACCCGGCCUGGGGCGAGGAGUACGACACCGAGUCCAACACCAGCCGCCUGAUGCGCGUCACCACAAACACGUUCUGUGCCGGAGGAAUGUCGCUCGGAAACGGCACCUGGGCUGCGUUCGGCGGCAACGAGCCCGUCGGCAAGGACGGCAACCAGACCCAGCCCCGCUUCAGCAUCUCGGCACCUUACUUUGACGGCGAUGGCGGCGCCGGUGCGCGCUUCUACACGCCCUGCGACGACGGCAACUGCGACUGGGUCGAGGGCUUCAAGAUGGCCGUGCGGCGAUGGUACCCCACCGUCGAGACGCUGGCCGACGGCACCCUCUGGAUCGGCGGUGGCGAGGACUACGGCGGAUACGUCACCGACGAGGGCCAGAAUCAGCCCAACUAUGAGUUCUGGCCGCCGCGAGGAAACCAGGCCGUCGACAUGCCCUUCCUGCGCUCGACGGUGCCCGUCAACCUCUACCCGCUGGCGUGGCUGAUGGCCUCGGGCAAGCUGUUUGUCCAGGCGGGCCAGGACGCCAUCCUGUGGGACCUCGACUCGGCCUCGACCUACAAGGAGCUCCCCUCGACGACUGGUCCGAUGAAGUGCUACCCGGCCUCGGCGGGCGUGGCCAUGCUCCCCAUGACGCCCGCCAACAACUACGAGCAGGAGAUCCUCUUUUGCGGUGGUGUCCAGCGCCCGCUCAACGAGUGGGGCAACGGCGGCGGCCCGGCCUACAACCCGCUCAACACGCCUGCCAGCAAGGUCUGCGAGAGGCUCAAGCCCGAGGACGACAACCCGACCUGGACUCAGGACGACGACCUCAUCACUGGCCGCUCGAUGGGCACAUUUGUCUACCUGCCCGACGGCAAGCUCUGGUUCGGCCAGGGCGUCCACAUGGGCACCGCCGGCUACUCCACCCAGGACUACAACAAGGCCAUCGGCAUCUCGCUCGGCGACGACCCGGACUACCAGCCUAUGGUCUACGACCCCACCGCGCCCAAGGGCUCGCGCUUCUCGACCGAGGGCCUGCAGCCCAUGAAGGUCCAGCGCAUGUACCACUCGACGGCCAUCCUGCUCGAGGACGGCUCGGUGCUGACGUCGGGAUCCAACCCCAACGCCGACGUCACCUUUGACAACGCGGCGCCCUACACCAACACCGAGUACCGCCUUGAGCAGUGGUACCCGACGUGGUACAACGAGGCCCGCCCCAGCCAGCUCAACAUCACCCAGCUGGCCUACGGGGGCGGCAACUUUGACAUCACGUUGACCGCCAAGGACCUGUCGGACGACAUUGGCAACAUCAAGAAGACCAAGGUGGCCAUCAUCCGCUCCGGCUUCGCCACCCACGGCGUCAACUUUGGCCAGCGCUACCUCGAGCUCAACUCGACCUACACGGCCAACCAGGACGGCACCGUGGGCGGCACGCUCCACGUGGCCAACAUGCCGCCCAACGCCAACAUCUUCCAGCCCGGCCCGGCCAUGGCCUUCCUGGUGGUCAACGGCAUUCCGUCCAAGGGCCAGCACAUCAUGGUGGGCACGGGCCAGCUGGGCGACCAGCGCGUCUCGGCCGCCACGCCGCUGCCCGCCUCGCAGGACGCGCCGCCGCCGCAGCCCAAGCAGUCGAGCAAGAACGGCAGCGCGUCUGGCAAGUCUUCUGACAGCGCCGCCGGCAUCGUCGCGCCGGGGCUCAAGGCCGCUGCCUUCGUCGGCGCCGGCGCCCUGGCCCUCCUCAGCAUCCUCUAG